AUGUCGGCCCUAGAUCAGUUUGUUAUGCAGGAUGUUGCCAAACACUGCCCUAAGCAGUUUAUGGAAAUGCAUAAGUGUAUUGCUCAGAAUCGCGAUGACCCUUCACAGUGUAACUUUAGACAAAAAGACCUCGCAACAUGUAUAAAGCAGAAAGUACCAAGUGUCCAAGCAAUUAUGUCAAAUUGUGGUGACAAGAUGAAUGAUUAUCAGCAAUGCAUAACCGAUAACAUGGAGUCACGUACUAUAAAUGAAAAUUGCCUUGGGUAUUUAGAAGAAAUGAGGAAAUGUGCAUCGAAAUGGGUUGAGGGUAAGACAUUACCAAUAAAUGAAUUGUAA